UUAACUAAAGGACUGCAAAAAAGUUUAAUCAUGUAAGGCUCUUAGGAUAAUCUCUUGUAUGGGGCGUGGUUUACCCGUCGAUUACACGCACUGGCCACGUUACAGACCGAAUGUACAGCAAGGAAGGACGUUUACAGAGGAAAGAUCAAGAGUGGAUGUACGUUUAUAAAAGGCGCGUUUGGGGCACCAUUCAUUCCGAAGGAAUGGAAUUUUCCAUUUCUGAACUUUUAAAGACGCUGUCCGACAACGAACAUAUCUUGCCUCCUUCCGCAUUGAAGCUGUCAAGAAUUGAUGUAGAUGAUCAACGUCGCUUGGAGCCCUUCCUUCAUUUUAGUAACACGCGCUGCUCAGUUCUUUAUUUCAAGACUGUAUCAUGAAAAUGUUAAGAAAGAAGGUCAUAUGGAGUUGGGAAUGAUAUGAGGAAUGUAAACUCUUGCCAUUUCUAGACCAGAAGCCAGAGACAUCCUCCCCAAAAUAACUCUCGUGCUUCAUGAGAGCACCGUUGGAUAACGAAUCAAAUCAAAACCAAACACAAACCAAAUAGAAAUUCAUCUGACAGACGGAUGCUUCCGUUUCCUUCUAGAAAAACAGCAAACCAAAGAAAUAAGAGUUUUCAUGUGCUUUUACUUGCAACUUUACCCAGAUAAGCCAGUUUUUUGCAGACAAUUGCAUUUUGAACAGUAGCUCAAACAUGUUAAAAACGGGACCAGUGAUGGAGGCGGCAGAUAUUGCAGUUGUUGCACUUUAUUUUGUGCUUGUGCUUGUAAUUGGCCUGCUCGCCAUGUGGAAGGCCAACCAUAGCACUGUCAGUGGCUACUUCCUGGCAGGUCGAACUAUGAAUUGGUUUGUGAUUGGCGCCUCACUGUUUGUCAGCAACAUCGGCAGCGAGCAUUUCAUUGGACUUGCUGGUUCUGGUGCAGCCAGUGGUUUUGCAGUGGGUGCCUGGGAGUUCAAUGCCCUCUUGCUUCUGCAGCUACUUGGUUGGGUGUUCAUUCCAGUCUACAUCUACUCUGGGGUUUACACCAUGCCAGAGUACCUCUCCAAGCGCUAUGGGGGCAAGCGGCUAAAGAUUUACUUUGCAGCCCUCUCACUUCUGGUCUACAUCUUUACUAAACUCUCAGUGGACUUGUACGCAGGAGCUCUUUUCAUUCAGGAGUCUCUUGGCUGGAACCUCUACCUGUCAAUCAUCUUGCUUAUCUCUAUGACCGCCUUGCUGACAGUUACCGGUGGACUGGCAGCUGUGAUCUACACGGACACUCUACAGGCUGUGCUUAUGGUUGGCGGUGCGUUAACCCUUACCAUCAUCAGCCUGGUCAAGGUCGGUGGUUUGGAAGGGGUGCGGGAAAAAUACAUGGAGGCAGUCCCCAAUGUCACAGCCAUCCUAGCUAACAGCAACUUCAGCUUCCAGUACACAAACUCCUGCCGAAUCCAUCCCAAGCCAGAUUCCCUCAAGCUCCUACGAGGGCCACUGGAUGAGGACAUCCCUUGGCCAGGCUUCAUUUUGGGUCAAACACCCUCAUCCAUUUGGUACUGGUGUGCUGACCAGGUCAUCGUCCAGAGAGUGUUAGCUGCCAAGAACAUUGCCCAUGCCAAAGGCUCCACACUUAUGGCAGGAAUGCUGAAGAUCCUUCCCAUGUUCAUCAUUGUUAUUCCAGGGAUGAUCUCACGAAUAUUGUUCCCUGAUGAGCUGGCAUGCAUUGGACCAGAGCACUGCAUGGCUGUGUGUGGCAGUCAGGCUGGCUGUUCCAACAUCGCCUACCCUCGGCUGGUUAUGAGCGUGAUGCCGGUGGGUCUCCGGGGGUUGAUGAUGGCUGUGAUGAUUGCUGCCCUCAUGAGUGACCUAGACUCGAUUUUUAACAGCGCUAGCACCAUCUUCACACUGGACAUUUAUAAAAUGCUGCGUGUAUGUGCCUCCUCCCGUGAGCUGGUGGUCGUCGGCAGGUUAUUUGUGCUAUUCAUGGUAACUAUCAGCAUUGCUUGGGUGCCUGUCAUUAUUGAGAUGCAAGGUGGCCAGAUGUACCUGUACAUCCAGGAAAUUGCAGGAUACCUGACUCCACCCAUUGCUGCCCUUUUUCUACUUGGAGUCUUCUGGAAGCGUUGCAAUGAGACCGGCGCAUUUUGGGGUGGCAUGACUGGGUUCGUACUAGGCACUGCCCGCCUCUUCCUUGGGUUCAUAUAUCGUGAGCCAAAAUGCGACCAGCCGGAUGAACGGCCGGCUUUCAUCACAGAUGUCCACUACAUGUACAUUGCUGCCGGGCUGUUUUGGAUCUCAGGGCUGGUGGCUGUGUGUGUCAGUCUGUGCACAUCUCCACCAGAAGAGGAGAAGGUCAAGCGUACCACAAUAUGGGGCUUGAAAAAACUUAAACGCCUUCCUGUGACAAAACGAGAGGAGAUGUACAAACUCACUAAUGGCAGUGGCGAUGGUGUUCUCAAGAAAGAUGUUCCAGAAGAUGUCCAAAAGGAAAGAUGUCUUGAUGGGGCUGACAUGACCCUCCUUAUGCCCUCCCCUUGUGAGCAAGAUCCCAUGACCCCCAGCACAGAGGCAUCCACACCGAUGGAGCUGUAUGCCAAUGGUCAUGCAAACCUUGUAAAACAGAAGAAUCAAGACAAGUGUGAUGAAGAGAGCUGCCUGCAAGUGUUUGACUGGAUUUGUUGUCACAAAGAGAAAACAUCUGGUGUCGAACCCAAAGUGGUUGAAGAAGAUGAAGGAGCUGUCCGUGAAUUGCUUCAUGAGCCUCCUAAGAUCAAGCUCUUACUUAACUUAGGCCUGGUAUUUGUCUGUUCGCUGGGUGUUUUCAUGUUUGUGUACUUCUCCUUGUAAUAUGCUGAUCUCGCAGUACCAUAAGGCCUGUCUGAAAGACAACACAUUUAUAUAAACUAUUUGUUAUUAUAAGCCAUUUAGGGUCUGUAAUAUUUACAGUGUGGUUUAUUUUUA